AUGGCACAGAAUAUAAAGGCAUUUAGGUACCUGAAGAAAGAGAAAACAAAACCUAGCGCAGAGAAGUAUAUUUUUCGCUCACCUUUCUACCGUGGAUUUAAGGAUAUUCCCAAACACGUGUUUCUUCGUGCUAUAUUGGACAAUAUAGUGUAUCACAAACACCCUCAUUACUCGUACCAUCACCACUAUCACCAUGAACAUGAGCAUCAUGAACAUCAUGAUCAUGAAGAGCACCACCACACCGAUCCAAAAAGCCUGAUAACAGAGGACGAGGUGAAGCAAAGCCUUCAGGCCGACAAAGGCGAGGAAGCCGAGCUGACCUCCUGGGAAGUCGUCGAUUUCACCAAACCAGGGGAUAACUAUUCCAACUACGUAACCAGCAUAGAGGUCAAGUACACCUUGGAGGAUGAGGAACAUGAAGUUGUUUAUAUAGCAAAGGUCAAUCCCUGUAAAAAACUAGAGGGCUUUGAAGAACUGAAUCACACAUUCUUUGAGAAAGAAGUGAAGUUCUAUACUGAAUUAGUCCCAGAGCUCAAUGCAGCUCUUGAGGAAGCGGGAAAGGAACCGCUGCAGAUACCUAAGUUCUAUCAUGCGAAUCUCGAAACUGGGACCGAGCAAGCAUACUAUGAAGACCUUAGAGCUCGUGACUUCAAGAUGGUCGACCGAAUACAAAGUUUAGACGCCGCUCACACUACUUUGAUACUGAAAAAGGCCGGUGGGGAUGAGAAGGCAGUAAAUUGGCUGGAAAGUCUCAAACCACAGGCUUUUGAAAUUCUUGGCAAGCCAGCAGAGAAGGAAGCCUUUGCAGCAGUGAAUCAUGGCGGUCUAUGGAGCAACAACUGUCUUUUCAGGUAUAAUGAUGAUGGGGAACCAGAGGAAGUAAUGCUGUUGGACUUCGAAACUUGCGGUUAUUCUUCCCUGGCUCAUGAUCUCAAUUACUUGAUGUACACAAGUCUGACUGAAGAAGUGCGAAAGGAGCACUUUGAAGAAUUCAUGGGUACUUAUACUGCCGCCUACCAGGAGAUUAUUGAGGCCGCGGGACUGGAGAUGCCAUUCAACGAAGAAGAGCUCACAGAAGAAUUCCGCGAAAACAAUGUCGUCGGAGCACUUUUUACGGUUUUGACUAUUCCAGCCGUCCUCCUGGAAUCCGGUGAUUUACCAGAUGGUGCGACGAUUGACGGAGAGAUGGAGGAAAUACUCGACGAGUUUUGGGCUAAUAUAGACGAAAAGAUAGAGACCAGCCCAACGCUCAAACCAAGAUUUCUGGCAAUUUUUGAAGAAUUCAUGGAAUCGGGGUUGAUCAGUGAAUAGUUGUAGCUUUCUUCUCUUCAAACGAUUAUGUGUUCUGCACAGGUACAAUAGAAAAAGUUUAAUGUUAUCUGUGAAACUACAAAUAUUAUUUCAUGUGGUGCACUGGACACAGAAUUCCUGAAAUAUUUGAAGGUCUCACUGCGCACUUCCGAUACUUAGCACUCAUGUCUUAUCUAGGAACAAAAUUAGCUUGCAUAUGUAAGCUUUUCAGAUCUCUGCUCAUUCAACUUCUUUAUCUGUUCUUACGCGCAUCAACUGGAUUUCUUUUAAAAGAUUCCUAACUAAACUGACUGGUCGCCGCAGGCUUUUCGUACAACCUCAGCGGUGAAAGUUCUUGAUCUUUCAACUGGACAUUUAUGCAUAUUUUUAUUUUCACCACUCUGUCAUGAGGAAAACUAGUUAAAUAAAUAAAGCAAAAGUUCAGCUUUUACACUUAACAUACUUUUUCGGCAAAAAGGUUACAGAUUUUUCAAAUACUUAUCUUUACGCAACUUAAUGAAGUGACAAUGAAAUAACUUGCAAUCAGAGAUUUUUAAUUCGUUGAAUCAGCGGCUCUUUUGCCGUUCAUAUCAUAUACUGCAAGCUUGCUAAUAUACAAUUCUUCAUGACCGUUUGAACUACCAGGUAAUAUAAUUGUAGAGGACUUGGUAACCUAAUUAUUAUAUUGGCGACAAAAUGGAUGUAACUCACCAGGAAUAAAACAGGAAAAACCCCACAAA